CCAGCAACAUGGGGACCAGGGCAUCGCAAGUUGUACGCCAUGUGCAUUCUCAUCUACCUAUGUUCCACUAUGAAUGGAUACGACGGAUCACUCAUGGGAAGUAUCAAUGCUAUUGGAUCAUUCCAGCAGUACUAUGGGCUUUCUGAGAAUGGCGCUGCUUCGACUGGCAUUGUAUUUGCAAUCUUCCAGGUUGGGCAGAUGGCUGGAGCUCUCUUCAUAUGGCUUGCGGACUGGAGGGGACGGAGACUUUCCAUCUUCAUUGGGACCUUAGGUGUCUGCGUCGGUACCAUCGUCACCUCAACUGCAAAAGACCUAAGUACAUUCAUUGGUGGGAGAUUUUUACUCUCGUUCUUCUCAACGUUAGCAACUACAGCUGCCCCAUUGUAUCUGAUCGAGAUCGCACCUCCCAUGUACCGUGGCACCGUUGCAGGGCUUUACAAUACUCUAUACUAUAUGGGUAGUAUACUGGCUACAUUUACAGUGUACGGAGCAAACCUUCAUCUAUCUGGUAACAUCAUAUGGCGUCUCCCUCUCUGGCUACAAAUGGUAUGCCCGGGCUUUGUAGCCUUGUUUGUAUGGUUUCUGCCAGAGUCUCCUCGCUGGCUUAUUGGCCAAGAACGUUUCGAAGAAGCACGAGCGAUCAUCGUCAAGUAUCACGCCAACGGUGAUGAUGUCCACCCAAUCGUUGAGCUCGAAAUGUCUGAAAUGACAGAUAGUAUGCGGGAUGGAGGACUCAUGACAUGGAAGUCUACGUUCGAUAUCCGCAACCUCUUCAAUAGCAGAUCCCGCCGGUAUAGACUCGCACUCUGCAUCGCCUUCUCUUGGUUUGGGCAAUUUUCUGGAAACAACAUCGCUUCAUACUAUCUUCCUCUGCUUGUCGAGAAUGUUGGGAUUACAAAUACAAACACUCAAUUGUUACUCAAUGCCAUCUACGCUGUCGCCGGCUGGGUCUUCGCCGGCUCUGGUGCUCGAUUUCAUGAUGUCUGGGGCAGACGCAAGAUGCUUAUGGGUUCGACUUUUGGGAUGGCCGUUUGUCUCGCCAUCGUGGCAGGCACCGCAGCUGGCUAUGUCCACGACCCUUCGAACAAAGCAAUGUCCAUCGCUUCCAUAACCUUCAUUUACAUAUUUGGCUGCGUGUUCGCGUUCGCUUUCACUUCUAUGCAACCCAUAUAUCCUGGCGAGGUUCUCGACAACAUCCAGCGUGCGAAGGGUAUGGGUGUCUUCCAACUCACUGGCGGAGCUGCUGGCUUUCUGAAUACAUUCGUCGCACCUAUUGCUUUGAAGAAUAUCGGCUACUGGUUUUACGUUUUCUUCGUGUUUUGGGACUUGUUUGAAUUUGCCGUUAUCUACUUCUUCUUUGUUGAAACGAAGGAGCGAACACUGGAAGAACUGGAUGAGGUAUUCGAGGCUCCGAAUCCGAGAAAAGCAAGUGUGGCCAAGACGAGGAUUCGAAGAGCGAGAAUUCAUGACGAGGAUGGCAAUGAGAAGGACGUUAUCAUGAGAUGA